AGGAUUCCAGGUUCAACCUGGGCAUCACGUGUCUUAUCGUAGUGAUACUGGUGAUAGGUUCGCUGAUGUUUUCGUACGACGCGAACGUUAUGGUCCUGAUGCCAGUCGAGAAAAUGAUCAACGUUGUCGAGGCGAUCAGGGCGAACCCGCUCAUCGCCUUGAAGAUGGCGCGCUGGUGCUCGCGGAGCAGGAGGAGCUUGACCGACAGAACCGUCGUACCGGCUUCUGGCCGAGGUUGGAGGGCUUGCUCGCGUGCGACUGCGCCAGCAAGAACUCGCAGGUCUUAGAGACGGUGAUCCUAGAGAAAACCAUCAUUAAGCUCGGCUCCCUCCUGGUGCUCGGCUUCGGGGAGGCCGGCGCCAACAUCAUAGGUC